AUGUCAGAUAAACUUCGGCGGCUUGCUCUCAAGGUGAAAGAAAAAGUGCAUUUAUCACAGUUCAACUUAUUCAAUAAGCAACCAAAUAACCAACAUGAGACAGGUGAAAAUAGAAUUUAUGUUCCUGUGCCGAGAGUGAGUGAGAUUGCCGAAAAACUUAAAUAUGAAACAGUCAGCAAGAAAGUAAGAGAGAUGGUUGCUAGAUAUGAAAAAUUCACGGGCGUGGAGGAAAUCAUGGCGAUCCAGAACACUGUCGUUGAUGCACAGGACAGAUUCAUAGCAGCGCAGGAACGUAGAAGGGAUGUUGGUCGUCAGCUCGCUACCUUAGAGUCCAGGCUGAAGGAGCUUCACGCUGAAAUGCAGAACACUAUGAAGGGUGAUGAUAAGUACUUACAUCUUUGCACAGAGGAACAUAAGCUUAUAAUUCAAGAGCGAGCUCUCCGCACGCUAUUUGCGGAUGCAGAACGAGAAGAGCGCGAGCUAUUCGCUACGAUGUCAGCGGCAGUGAAGUUGGGGCACGAACGGGAACGGGCGCACGCCGAAAGAAAUAAGUAUUGGUAUAUUGUCGCGUCUAUAUUUGGGACAGUGUUAGGCAUCGCCGGUUCGACGAUAAACAAUCAUCUUAAGAUGUCGGAGUUCCGAGAAAUGAUGGAACAGCAAAUGGCUCGGAGUGCGAGUGUCCUGUACACCAUAGCUGGAGGUAGUUCAGCCAGCAGGGCCGACAUCACUGAAGCUAUGAAGACUGAGUUCGCUUAUCAGGACCAAUUGCAAGAAAACUUAAAAGAAAUGCAAGCCAAUAUCAACCAGCUGGUCACCAAACAGACAUCUUUGAUAGAACAUCUCCACCAACGCGAAUCGUCUAUGGACAGUCACCUCCGAGAACUACGCCGUACCAUUCUGAUCGCAUCUCAGACUAGUGCUAAAUCUGAUGCGGAACUUGCCAAAGCACUAUCAGUAGUCCACCAAGAUCUAGAGGAUGUCGACCACAACCAGUUGGACGCGCAAAACAAAGUUAUGCUGGAGCCGAAUCAAAUUAUUACCGGUAUUGGCUUCAUUAUGUGCAUGGCAGUCAUUGUUAGCAGCAUCAUUGGGAGAGUAAGUUGA